AUGCUGUUAAUACCAUAUGGAGACCUAUGGCGCAGAGAAAGAAAAGUUGUACAUUCAAUUCUCAAUGUCAAUCAACAGAACCUUUUCCAACCAUUUCAAGAUGUGGAGUCAAAAGCCCUGCUGUACAACUACCUCCAAGAUCCGGCAUGUUGGUGGAAAGCCCACGGGUCAUUUUCGGCUUCGGUGAUUAUGAGCGUCAUUUUUGGUCGGCGCGCUGCCAUCGGCGAUGCAUAUAUGGAAGCUGCUCUGAAGUGCUCAGAGCAGUUUGAACACUACUUGGAGCCUGGCAGAGCAGUCGUUGAUGUACUCCCAUUUCUGAUGAAGAUCCCCUGGCUCAAGAACCUUCAGCCCUGGAGAUGGUAUGGCGACGCCCUAUACAGACGGACUCUCGGAGUUUAUCGGAAGGAGAUGGAUGAUCUUCGUGAACGGAGGCGUUUGGGAACUCAGAAGCCAUGUUUCAUGUCCGAACUCCUAGACUCAAAGCAAGAUGCUCAGUUUUCCGAGGAAGAGCUACUUUUCAUAGGCGGUACGAUGAUGGAAGCAGGUACAGGUACUACACGUUUAUCCCUUCAUCAGUGCGUGGCAGCUGCUGUAGCUUGUCCCGACUGGCCGGUCAGGGUUCGAGCUCAGCUGGAUCAAGUCUGUGGAGCAAACGCAGAGAGGCUCCCUGAUUUCAACGAUGCAAUCAAUCUGCCCUUGAUCAAAGCAGCGGUUAAGGAAAGUUUUAGGUGGAAGCCAACAGUCGCCGAAACAGGGGUGCCACAUACCCUGACCGAAGACGACAGCUAUAUGGGCUUUACAAUCCCAUCUGGCUCUGUUAUCGUCUAUAAUCACUGGGCUAUCGCAAAUUCCUCCAGCGAAUAUGAACAACCGGAUCGCUUUUGGCCGGAGCGCUUCCUCAACGAUGACCUUGACAAGCCAGCGAAAGGCCAUCUCGGGUUCGGCACAGGUAGGAGAGUCUGCGUCGGUUACAACGUUGGAGUUGGCAAUAUGUUCAUUGCGCUCGCUCGUCUUCUCUACUGUUUCGAAUUUGAGCCCGUCCCUAGCGCUCCUAUUGACCUCUCAACUCCCAGACUAUUGAGGGGAAGCAUCGAGAAAGCUGGAUUCGAGGUCAAAAUCAAGCAUCAUGCUUUUCGAUUCCACGCACUACCUAUUACAACCCCGCAUCGGAUCACCUACACUCCCGUCGUACCCCGCUCCCGCCUCCACCUCUCCGGGUCCUUCUCCGGCAUUGAUCGGGAUACCGAAGGACUUCGGGCUGCCCGCAAACUGCCCAUGUUCCCUGUCCUGAACACCCUGAAAAUAAAAAUCAAUGAAAAAACUGGAUUUGCAGAGAAGCUGACAUCGCCCUCGGUGAAGGCUUCCUCAGAGCAUACUGUGGCAGUCAUUGGUGCUGGCCCUGUUGGCCUCUUCACAGCUUUAUUGCUUGCAAAAGGUGGAAUCAAGGUCACCUUGUACGAGUCCAGGGAAGGGAUUGACCAGUCCCCGCGUGCGGUUGGUUACUUUCCGCCUACAAUGGAGGAGUUUGCGAAAGCUGGAAUAGUCCAAGAUGUGAUCGAAGCUGGAGAUGUUGUAUCAGAUGGCUGUGCCUGGAGAAAUUCAAAAGGCGACGUUCUCGCCAGCAUUAAUCCACCUCCGGACGACAAAUCUUUUGCAGCCGUCCUUUCCCAGCCAGAACUGGGCGCGAUUCUUUUGGAAAGGCUCUUGGAGACCGGAAACGCAGAAGUGAGAUUCAACGAGUCUCUCGUUAGAGUAGAGCAAAAUGAUGACACCGUUACUUAUUGGACUGUUGGUAAAGCCAGUGCCGAAGAAGUGGCACAUCAAUGCGAGUAUCUAGUAGGUGCCGAUGGCGGACGUAGCAAAGUGAGACGCGCCGUCGGCAUUGAACUUGAAGGUUUUAAUUCGAUAACCUGCAAUUUGUGGCAGUCAACUUUCAAGAACCUUGCGGUGCUAGACGAGGCCACGACACAGGCUGUCAAAGAUCGCCUCGGUCGCCUCUUACCAGGUGAUACAUCACAAAUACAGUACGAGGGUAUGGCUCCAUAUUUGGUCCAUCAUCGUUGUGCCAGCCGUUUCCAGGAGAAGCGAGUUCUUCUAGCUGGAGAUGCUGCUCAUCUUAAUAAUCCCGUUGGAGGCCUUGGACUUACCACAGGUCUUCUUGAUGCUGCCCAUCUGGCAAAGGGGCUGAAACAGGUCUUGAACGGGGGUUUUGAUAAAAACGUGCUAGCGACUUACGCCGAAACUCGCCGACGAGUAUUUCUGGAGAAGACAAACCCAAUCACUCUGGCCAAUCUACGCCGACUGAACUCAGAUGAUCCGGAAGUUGCCAAACAGAGAGAAGAGGAAUUCACUCAUAUCAACAACCCGAAGGAUUUUGUUAAUACCAUACGGAUUGGACUUCCGGACUUUGCCCUCACUAGUACCUCGGACAGGAUUUUCGAUACUCAAAGCGGGGUGACCUGGUUUAUAUCAGUCUCUAAGAUACCCGAGUGGACUGAUGAGAAGUUUUUCCAUGAGUACAAGACUGUACAUGCCGAUAUGACCCGACCGAAAGGUGAUCAGGUUACUCCUAUCAAAAGAUACAUCAAGUUGCCCAACUCUCCCAGCACUAUCGAAGGCACCGAAAGACCUUCCUGGAACUAUGUUACUUGCCUCACGUGGCCAAGCUUGUUUAUUGUCCAUGCUGGUUUCUGCAAUCCCGAAUACAAGGCAACUGCUGGAGCACACAUUUUCUGUCGUCUCCACCAAGAAGGCUCUCUUGCUCAGCAAGUGGUGAAAUACUCCAAGGAAACCCCGUCAGAGAAAUCCAAUGCUGGAGCUACGGAGUGUCUGAUCUUCCACAAGAGAAGCAGUGCUUCUGACGAAUGCCCUGAAAAGUGGUUCACUGAUCGGGCUGCCAAAUGGAGAGAUGUCGAAGCUUCGGACGGUCGGCUACACACAUAUAUACUGUACCGAGAUGUGACACCUAAGGACGCAGAAUACUUCUUCCACAACACUCAAUUUUCGAAGGGAUCGUGGAAUUAG